AUGGGAGCUCCCCCCCUCUCCCCGCUCACUGCGGGGGGUUCUCCCUACUACCCCAUGGCGGGGGCCCCCCCUCCGCACGCGGUGUAUCCGCAGGUGGGCCCCAUGGCCGGGGGCCUCGACACGCAGUACUGGUUCCAUUUGAUGCACAGUCAAAACGGCUUCUGGGGGCCCCCGGGGCCCCCCCGAGCGUACGGCAGCCCCCAGACCAUGGGCCUCCCCAGGGGCACUCCCUAUCCGCCUGGGGGCCUCCGCUACGUCUACGGGGCCCCGGGGGCCCUCAGCCUAGAGGCCCCAGGGGGCCCUCAAGAAAACCCCUUCUGUGCAUCGCUUGAGGAGCUCAGCGCUGCUGCCCCUCGCUUCUAUGAAGACUGA